CGUAACAAAACCAGAAAGCAGCUUUCCGGGGGAAAAAGAAAGAGGAGCGAUUCCUGUGCACCCUCCGACUUGCCGAGCUCGUGAAUCGUGAUCCCCCUCUCCACCGGACCGCUGGAAGCGGCGAGGCGUUUCCGCGCCAAACGAGCAGCGAAGCUCGCGCGUUUUCUUUCUUCCCUUUGUUUACAUAGCCGCGGCGGCCUGCUCCAACAGGCAACAGGUGCUGCUCAGCUCAGAUCUAUCGCCGCGGAGUGGGGAACCAGCGCUCGAGAUGGGGCACAACGCCGUCGGCGAGGACCAGGCCGUAUCCGGCCUUCGUGAUAAGCAUCGCUUGGAGCUGGAGAGUUUAACGCUGGCAUCGCAGCCCUUCAAAACACUCGCAUUAUUUGUGCUAGCCAUUGGACAGAGUAUAGGAAGCACAUGUUCUUGUGUUCUGAAAGGAGGUGCUCGAGUGAAGUUCCUGGUUCUUUUGGUUGUUACUACCUGGGUGCUUCUCUUGGUUAUCGACGGCCCGCAUGAGAAGCAUAUGCAGGAACUACUUUCGUAUGCCAGAUUUGGAUUAUGGUGGGUUAUACUAGGGGUGGCUUCAUCUAUUGGAUUAGGCUCUGGUUUGCACACAUUUGUAUUGUAUUUAGGGCCUCAUAUCGCCCUUUUUACAAUGAAAGCGGUUCAGUGCGGCCGGAUUGAUUUAAAGAGUGCUCCUUAUGACACUAUUCUUCUUAAAAGGAGGCCUUCAUGGUUGGAGAAAGACUGUCUAGAGUUUGGACCUGCAAUAUAUCCGAAGACAAUCCCAUUUAGCAAAAUACUGCAUGAAGUUCAUCUUGAAGCUGUUCUUUGGGGCAUUGGAACUGCACUUGGGGAGCUUCCUCCAUAUUUUAUCUCUAGAGCAGCUAGCAUGUCAGGCCAAAAAGUCGAAGAGUUAGCAGAACUGGAUGCUUCUAUCUCAAAAGAAGGUUUUAUAUCAUCAACUCUAUACCGGGCCAAGCGCUGGCUUAUGUCUCACUCACAACAUCUGAACUUCCCGACAAUACUGUUACUGGCUUCGGUGCCAAACCCUCUGUUCGAUCUUGCUGGUAUUUUGUGUGGACAAUUUAACAUCCCCUUCUGGAAGUUCUUUCUGGCAACUUUAAUUGGAAAGGCCUUUAUCAAGGUUUAUAUGCAGACAACGUUGGUAAUUACUCUCUGCAACAACCAACUUCUUGAACUGCUGGAGGAAAGGCUAUUUAGCAAUAUUCCUGGAGUAUCAUCGAUCCUUCCCUCUUUAGUGUCCAAGUUGAAGACAGCCAAGGAUAAGUUUUUAAUAGCCAGCGUUGCUGCUAGUUCUGCGAAGGGAAAGAAGUGGAAUUUGUCAUUCUCUUUGAUCUGGAAUACCGUGGUGUGGCUCAUGAUCAUGAAUUUCAUCGCUCAGAUAAUCACUUCGACAGCACAGAGUUAUCUCAAGAAACAACAAGAGCUUGAGAUCAGUAAGAAUUCAUCAGCAACAACAUAUUCUGCUUCUGAACCUUCUACUGGGACAUCAAAUUAGUCGAGCCAGGGCAUUUCAUCUGGUCCGGCCAUAGAGGAACACAUUCAAUUCAUAUUCGUGCCACUAGUUUCUGCACGAGGCUGGUUUGGGAAUUCUAAAUCUGGUCAUUUACUAUGCGGCGGAUUGCUGGCAUUAUUCUCGAAGAUAUCACGUUGACAUACUGUACAUAGCCCAUCCCAUCAAGCCGCCACCAUGACUGCAAGACUAAGGACACCUGUAUUGUUGUGGAGCACUAGUUAUUGAUUUACUUUGUAGAAAGCCACAAAAAAGAGAGGAGAAAAAAGUUUGACUAAAGCUCAAAUGUAAUCUGGGCCUUGUACAUAGCAACCAAAGACAUCUCCAUCAAUUACGCAGGAAGCAUAAUGUUUAAGCCUCC